UGGAAAACCAUAAACGGAAAAAAUAUGGACCACCCCUAAAAACAGAUCAUUUUAAUAGAGGAAUUACUUCAUUUUAAGCGCAUUCAAGUUACUAUUUCAGACUAGGCAGGGUAUUUAGCUCUAGAGUCUAAACCGGCAACUGCUCUUGCUAUGAGUUUUUCAGGUUCUGGUGUCCAAACAAAGAAGGCAUUCCUGUUUGGAAGCAUUGAAAUGCUAAUCAAGUUGGUUCCUGGGAACUCUGCCGGAACUGUCACAGCCUAUUAUAUGUCCUCCACCGGGAACAGUCAUGACGAGAUAGACUUCGAGUUCUUGGGUAACUUAUCAGGACAACCUUACAUUAUCCAUACAAACCUCUAUAUACAACGAAACGGAAACAGAGAGCAGCAAUUCUAUCCAUGGUUUGACCCUACUGCUGAUUUCCACAACUACACCAUACAUUGGAACCCAACAGAAAUCGUGUGGUAUGUUGAUAGCAUGCCUAUUCGAGUAUUCAGAAACUACCAAAGCGAGGGGGCUCCUUACCCCAACCAACAAGGGAUGAGGGUUUACGCCAGCAUAUGGGAUGCUGAGAACUGGGCAACAAGAGGUGGCCUUGUUCGGACUGACUGGAACAGUGCACCCUUAAUAGCCAGAUUCACCAAUUUUAGGGCAAGGGCUUGUAAGUGGGAUGGGCCAAUCAGCAUUACUCAAUGUGCCGCCCCAACAGCUGCGAACUGGCGGACCUCCCCAGUGUACAGCCAGUUGAGUUAUGCCAAGCAGGGUCAGAUGAAGUGGGUCAGGGAUAACUACAUGAUUUACGACUACUGCCAAGACACCGAGCGAUUUAACGGACAGAUGCCAUCAGAAUGCUCCAAAGCACAAUACUAAUGUGAUGCAUCAAUGGUCAAAAAGGCGAGAAACUCCAUCAUGGCCAUGAGGGAUUAACAGUUCUGCAGCCCUACAAUUAUACC